CGAUUCUAACUCAAAUUUGCCUUUCACGUGUGCUUUUCUUUGGAUUCAUUGAGAACUUGUUGUUUACGGGGAAAAAAAAGAGCGUUUUACAGAGAUUAAGAAGUGCUUCCUGGUCUGAAAUAAAGGCCCUGUAUCUUGAGGGCCUCAAGAGACACAUGGCAUCAACGGAAGAAGCAGUAAAAAGUGAGAAUUCGUCCGCCCAACCAGGUAACCCAUCGGAAACAGCGAAACCAGCACAGGCCGCUACAACAAAUCCAGUGACAUCUACUGGCGCUGUAAAGAAACCAAACUAUAUACUGAAAUACACCUUAUCGGGACAUACAAAGGCUAUCUCUUCCGUGAAGUUCAGUCCAAAUGGAGACUGGUUGGCAAGCUCUUCUGCAGACAAGUACAUAAAAAUAUGGGGAGCUUAUGAUGGAAAAUUUGAGAAAACAAUCUCUGGACACAAACUGGGUAUUUCAGAUGUGUCUUGGUCUUCAGAUUCAAAGCUACUUGUCUCUGCAUCAGAUGAUAAAACUUUAAAAAUUUGGGAUUUUGCUACUGGUAAGUGUCUGAAGACACUCAAAGGACACAGCAAUUAUGUGUUUUGUUGUAAUUUCAACCCUCAGUCCAACCUCAUUGUGUCUGGCUCGUUUGAUGAGAGUGUACGUAUUUGGGAUGUCAAGACAGGAAAGUGCUUGAAGACUUUACCAGCUCACUCAGACCCUGUUACAGCUGUUCAUUUCAAUAGGGAUGGUGCUUUGAUUGUGUCAAGCAGUUAUGAUGGCCUCUGUCGUAUUUGGGAUACAGCUUCAGGGCAAUGCCUAAAAACUCUAAUAGAUGAUGACAACCCACCAGUAUCAUUUGUGAAGUUUUCACCUAAUGGAAAGUACAUCCUGGCAGCCACAUUAGACAACACUUUGAAGUUGUGGGAUUAUAGCAAAGGAAAGUGCUUGAAAACCUAUACAAGUCACAAGAAUGAGAAAUACUGUAUUUUUGCAAAUUUCUCAGUAACUGGUGGCAAGUGGAUAGUAUCUGGGUCAGAAGAUAACCUGGUGUAUAUCUGGAACCUGCAAUCCAAAGAAGUUGUGCAGACACUUGAAGGGCACAGUGAUGUGGUCCUUUGUUCUGCCUGCCAUCCAACUGAAAAUAUCAUAGCAUCUGGUGCCUUAGAGAAUGACAAAACUAUAAAAAUCUGGAAAUCUGAUUCAUAACAGGAGAAAUGCAAGCACCUGAAGUUUCUGCAAUGCUACUGCUCAGGAAAUGAUAUUCUGCUUUUAUACUCCUCAAACCCACAACACUUACUUCCAUGUAACUUCCCUUAUAAUAUCAAUACUUGAUCCAGAAAACAGAUGAUCAGAAAAUACAAACUCACAUAACCUCACAAGUUUCCUCUUGAUAAUACACCCGUUCUCAUUACUUAUUCACAAGGAAUUUCUAGCUGGAAGCAGGAAGAAUUUUAUGUGUGAUAUGGGGGUAAAGGGUUGCUGGUUAUGGCUAGAUGUGCUGCCAGUAGUGACAAACCGUUUCUCCCCUUUAUGUGUAGAGCCACUGUUGGUUAGUACCACUUCAACUUAACUUUAAGUUUUAGUUGUACUUCAAUAGUUGAUACAAUCCUCUUUUCUUUGUGAGUUUCCCUAGCCAGUCCAAGGGCUUGGGAAAAUUUUUGAUGCAGUACCUAGUUUGCUUACUUAGAAUAAUGACCUGAAAGGCAGUGGUCAAACAUCUGCAUAUGUGCAAACCUUUUAAUGACAAGGUGGCAUGAGUUCAGGCUGUCAGGACCAAAUUAAGAAACCACACAAACCAUUAAGUCACUGGGUUUUCAAAGCAUAUAACUUUUUUGGUAAAAUUCAAAAUAAAAUGAUAAAUCAACAGGAAACCUGUACUUGAAUAAGCCUUGUGUUUGAAAAGUCUGGAGUUUUCCUUUUACUGCUGUGUUGUGGCCUGAAAAGCAUGCUUGGGACUUGGACCCUUUCAGAAUAUGUAAGGACUUAAUAACUAACUAAACUUUGAGGUCUUAAGAAAUGAGUGUGGCUUAUCCCUGAGAUAGCAGGCAAUUUCAGAAACUAAGUUCUCCUUUGGAGAUUUGUAAACUGCGUACAUGUAAAUGCAAGGAAGAAUUUUGUUCUCAUAUUUGGCUUUAAGUUCUUUUAGUUCUUCUAGGGUGUACUCAAUUGUAGCAUAAAUGCUCUCUAUUGUUUGUAUUAUAUUUUAUGAUUGUGUAAUUGUGUUUCAAAACAGUACACACAUUCUGAUAUAAUCCUUACUUGUAAUUAGACAAAAGAAAAUAAAAAUUAUCAAAAGGA